AUGUUACCAGAGGUUAGUGAAGACGACGCCAAAGCCCAGGGCGACGAAGAAGAGCAAUGGCGAGCUGGUGGGGCCGCCGCCGCUUCCUCCUCCACCGCCGCUAUCGCCGGUCGGGGUGGAGGUCGCCGAGCUCGUGGUGGUCGACGACGACAUGGCGGAUGCUGGUGGUACAGUGCGCGUGUGUCAGACGAAUCGUCAGUCGUGAGAGUCGCCAAGACGAGGAGUCGUAGUUGGACGAGUGCGGCUCAGACGGCUGACAUGCUGAACCUUGUCGGGCAAUGCGGAGUCGGGGUGGUGGUGUCGCUGGUCCUGUGA